GGGCAGCGGGACAGGUGCGCUCGUGCCAGUUUCGGAGGAGGAAUCCAGAGGUUCUAGUAAAACACGACGGCGCUAUAAAGUCUGAAUACCGGGCGGCGCGAGGACAGUCCUCACCGCCUCCGCGGAGAUACGAGGUUUAAGCAGGAGCUCGCGGAGGCUGAUUAUGAGCGCGUGGGUUCGGCGGGUGAGACUGAACAUGACGGGAGGAGGAGUCUGAGGACUGAGGUUUGAGGACUGAGAGUUCUAAACACCUGGGAGAGUUUACCUGUCCGCAGGUGAGCUACAGCCGGGUCUUCAGAGCGGCAGGUGUGAGUCCAGGGUUGGAGUAAAAAUGACGGAGAAGACCGCCCCCUGGUGGAGGUCGUUCGCGGGGAAGAGGAGGAAGGCGGCUCGAGAGUCGGCGGCCAUGCUGGAGCAGGAUCUGGCAGCCCAUGCCAACUUAGCGACUGCUACCAGCAACACCACCUCAACCACCACCUCCACCACCAACACCACCACGAAGGAAAAGCCCACCGAGCCAGAGCGGCAGAACCUCCAACCGUUUCAGCCUCCCCGACCGCAGGGGGAUGGGCUCCCCUCGCUGCCGAGCGACGAGACGUACGACGACUCUGCGGUGCAGCCCACGUUCGGAGACGGCGCCAGCCGGCGCAACCUGCGGGUCUCUCGAUCCGGACGCUUCAAAGAGAAACGGCACAACCGGGUCAGCCUUCCCUCAAACUACCAGGACUCGCCAAAUCCUGACGCCAAACCAGGAGCUCAGGCUCAGCGCUGACUGCAGGAACAUCACGCUUCCCAGUCCUGGUCCUGGUGUUCCUCCUGUCCUGCAAGUAAUCUAGACACAGGUUCCCCAAAAACUACUUAGCAAAAACUUGGCGAUACGAUACGUAUCAUGAUACAAAGGUUACGAUUCAAAAUAUAUCACAAUAUAGAAGGUAAUAUAUUGCUAUUGUUUAAAUCAUAUUUUAGAAAAUGUUUAGAAAAUCCACUGCUAGCUUUGGGUUGUGUUUAAACCACACCCACAACAAGCCACUUUUGAGAUCAAACUUUAUCUAAAAAUACUUUUUUAUAUAGCACAUUAUAAAUGAAUUAAAUUAUUCACAGUGAUAUUAUAUCACAUCACACAGUAAUACAGUUAUCCUACAAUGAAAAUAAUAUUGUUACUUUAUUUUGUAUUGUUGCCAAGAUAUCCAGCACUGUUUUGCCUCUAGCAAAAAAAAAUAAAAUAAGCAUAAAAAUCCUGAAUGUAAAA